AUGCAUCCAAACGUCGUUGGGGAAGCCGGACCCUUGAUCAAGAGAGCCGAAAGGUUGACGAUCAUCAACACCAAGUGGAAGCUUUCACACGAGGUGGCAGCCCUCCAAGGAAUGCCUCAAACGCACCGUUAUGUCGUCGAAGGCCGUCCGUGUGGAGCUCGUGACGGAGGAGGCGAAAACGUCGCCCGGAUCGAGCAGCGUUUUUACGUCUCAAUCACCGUCACCGUUUUCCCCUGUGGGGCCGAAGGUGACAUCACGCACCGCGGCUUCAGUCGAAAGUCCAGCCAGGUUUCUGCUGCUGAUUCGGCGGCACGGGCCCCUACAGUACGGCCGCCAUGGCAGACGAGGCCCUCGUCGUACUGUUGCCCUCCUUGUGCCGUUUGUGACUUCAUUCAGACGGGACGGCGCAAUGCCAUGGGAGAGGGUGGAAUCGAACCAAGAGCAGGCGGAUCUGGGCUUCUGUCGCUGUGGUUCAUGUUCCAUGUGAAGACGGCAGUUGGAACUCUUCUUCGAAAAGAAUCAUGUUAA